AUGGAUCUCUCCAACAUCUUCCGCUUCGUUAACAUCGCCGUUGGCAUCAUCAUGAUCCUCGGCGGUAUCGCCCAAUUCUUCCCUGCCAGCGUGGGUUCCAUUGUCGUUGGUAUAUACGUGAUUAUCUUUGGUCUCCUUAUCGCUGGUCUGGAAUUCCUGCCCAACGUCCCCGAUUAUGUCUACCGCUAUGCCUCCUUUCUGUUCUCCUUCCUUGGCCGUGGCGUUUUCUACAUCUUUGUGGGAUCGAUUCUGCUGCACGGCCAUGUGCUGCGAUACAUCGCAGGCUCCGUCGUCGGAUUCCUGGGCGUGGGAUAUAUUGCCCUGGAAUUUGUGCCUUCGAUCGAGCCUCCUUCCAACAUGCGUGAGACUGACCAGGGCUGGGGCGCCGAGCAGGUUUAA